AUGAUUUCCUCCGUUCUUUAUUUGGAGCAAUUCAUCGAAAGUCUCGACCCGCUGCCCGGCGAGCUCGCGAAAAGUUUCAAAGACAUGCGCGAAAUGGACGUCAAAGUUGAGCAGCAAAAAGCGCUCGCGGAAAACAUGACCAAUGAUUACAAUAAAAGAGCUCACGAAAUGGCGGAAAAGGAAAUGCGCGACCAUGUGAAGCAAAUAGAAGCUGCGUGGCAAAAUGCCGCGAAGUGGCAAGACGAAAAAGUCAGCUUGGCAACGGCAACAUAUGAAAUGGUUGAUAAACACAUCAGGCGAUUAGACAGCGACUUAUCGCGCUUUGAAAGCGAGCUGGCAGAACGCGGUGGUCUCGAUUCCGCCAGUCCGACCAGCGAUAAAAGAAAACGAGGUCGUCCCGAAGAAGGUGAAAAUUAUCAGCUUGCCGCGCAAGAUGUCCUCGACAUGCCCGUUGAUCCAAACGAGCCGACAUACUGCUCCUGCCAUCAAGUUUCUUAUGGAGAGAUGAUCGGCUGCGACAAUCCCGACUGUCCAAUCGAGUGGUUCCAUUUCGGUUGCGUCGGGUUGGUUCAAAAACCAAAGGGCAAAUGGUACUGUGCCAGAUGCAAGCCACAGGCUGCCGAGCCCGGACCAAAGAAGAAAAAGAAAUAA